CUUUAUUCCGACGGUGAGUUUUGCAGGCUUCGUGCAAGACCGGAUAAAGGCGUUCCUCGCUAUUCCUAUUCUUCAUCUGCUGUUUCCAUUACGUAGUUUGUUGUGGAAUUGAUUUAGGUAGUGCUGUUGUGCGAGUGGUUCGUCUUUUCAGAUCGUUAAAAAUAGUGUUUUUCGUGAUACGGCUUUGUGUUUUGUGGUGAUUACAUUCACUUCUUCACUGGUGUGUUGAUGCACUCUGGGGUCGUCUAGGCCUAAACGCGUGUGCAACAUGUCUUCCUCCACCCUAAUGACUUUUUUGGUGCUCGUCGGUGCCGUCUACGCCGCUGACGACACGUCAGGUCCAUUUUUUGUGCGUGAACCCCCCAACCGUGUCGAUUUCUCCAACACCACGGGGGCGGUCGUUGAGUGUAGUGCUAGGGGUAACCCUCCACCUGACAUCAUAUGGGUUAGAUCCGAUGGUACUGCCGUAGGGGAUGUCCCUGGUUUACGUCAAGUCUUGGCCAAUGGCAACCUGGUUUUCCCCCCCUUCAGAGCGGAGGAUUACAGACAGGAAGUUCACGCUCAGGUUUAUUCCUGUUUGGCCAGGAACUCCGUUGGAUCUAUCAACUCUAGAGAUGUCAACGUUAGAGCAGUGGUGCAACAGUUCUAUCAAAGUCGUGUCAUUGACGAGUUUGUGUUAAAAGGCAACACCGGCAUUUUGAAAUGUCUUGUUCCUAGUUUCGUCAGCGAUUUUAUACAGAUUGAGGCUUGGAUAGCAGACGAUGGAACAAGUUUCAAAUACGAACCUACUCUGAGUCCAAAUAUUGACAGCAAAUACCUAGUAUUACCCUCUGGAGAACUUCACAUCAAAGACGUUGGACCAGAAGAUGGCUACAAAUCAUAUCAGUGCAGAACUAGACACAGACUGACAGGAGAAACUAGACUUAGCGCCACUAAAGGAAGAUUAGUCAUUACAGAGCCUACCAAUAACGUGGCUCCCAAAAAAAGUUUGCAAAGUUUCCAAGGAUGGCAAGUUGUUCUUGUAAGGCCAAACACCACUGCAUGGCUAACUUGUCAAGUGACAGCCUUUCCAGUACCUAGAUAUUCGUGGUACAAAUUCGUCGAUGGCACAACCAGGAAGCAACCAGUAACUUUGAACGAUCGCGUCAAGCAAGUGGCAGGAACUUUGAUCAUCAGAGAGGCCAAAGUUGAGGAUUCUGGAAAGUAUCUUUGCGUGGUGAACAAUUCAGUUGGAGGAGAGAGUGUUGAGACCGUGUUGACUGUUACUGCACCAUUGAAGGCAAACAUCGCACCAAAUGUACAAACCAUCGAUUUUGGAAGACCCGCUGUUUUCACCUGUAACUUUGAAGGAAACCCAAUCAAGACAAUCAGAUGGCUCAAAGACGGUCACCCAAUGGACCACCAAGAAGCUGUACUCAGAAUCGAAGCCGUUAGAAAGGAAGACAAGGGAAUGUACCAAUGUUUCAUACGCAACGACCAAGAGAGCGCUGAAGCCACGGCAGAACUGAAGCUGGGAGGCAGGUUCGAACCACCACAGAUCCGUCAAACUUUCAACGAAGAAACCGUCCAACCAGGAAACUCCGUAAUCAUGAAAUGUAUCGCUUCCGGUAUUCCUUCACCCGAGAUGACUUGGGAACUGUACGGCCGUAAACUGUCCAACAGCGACAGGUAUCAGAUCGGUCAAUACGUGGCUGUCAACGGGGAUGUCGUGUCCAACUUGAACAUAACCUCAAUCAACACCAAUGACGGUGGUUUGUACCGUUGUGUCGCUAGUAGCAAAGUGGGAUCUGCUGACCAUUCGGCUAGGAUCAACGUUUAUGGACUUCCCUUCGUCAGAUCUAUGGAGAAACAGGCUAUUGUGGCUGGAGGAACCCUCAUUGUGCACUGCCCCUUCGCCGGACACCCUGUAGAGUCGGUUGUUUGGGAAAGAGAUGGAAGAGUUCUACCAAUCAACAGAAAGCAAAAGGUAUUCAAGAAUGGAACGCUCAUCAUCGAAAAUGUGGAAAGGUCUUCAGAUCAGGCAACUUACGUUUGUGUGGCCAAAAAUGCUCAAGGAUACAGCGCUAGAGGAUCACUGGAAGUACAAGUUAUGGUCGCCCCACAAAUCUCUCACUUUGCCUUUGAAGACGAUACAGCUAAUUCAGGAGAUUUGGUUUCUACGAUGUGUUCAGUACAUAAAGGCGAUUUACCAGUUAAAAUCCGAUGGUACCUAAACAAUAAAACAGUCGAAAACGUCCCUGGGAUCAUGGUUGCGAUGGUUGGUAAAAAAAUAAGCACUCUGAGUGUAGAUUCGGUGCAAGCUGAACAUGCUGGCACCUACACUUGCGUUGCGAAAAAUUCUGCUGGAGAGGCUUCUUAUUCUGCAGUGUUGAACGUUAAGGUGCCACCAAGGUGGAUUUUAGAACCAACAGACAAAGCUUUUGCUCAAGGUUCUGAUGCGGCUGUAGAAUGCAAAGCCGAUGGUUUCCCAAAACCAGUUGUUACUUGGAAGAGAGCUACAGGCGUAUCUCCCGGAGAUUACAAAGAUUUCAAGCCAAACAAUCCCGAUAUAAAAGUUGAAGAUGGCACAUUAACAAUCAAUAAUAUACAGAAGAACAACGAAGGUUAUUAUCUUUGUGAAGCUUUCAAUGGAAUCGGCUCAGGUUUAUCAGCAGUUAUUUUGAUCAGUGUACAAGCACCACCUCAAUUCGAAAUCAAAUCACGCAAUCAAACCUCAAGAAGGGGAGAUGCUGCUGUUUUACAAUGCGAAGCUAAGGGAGAAAAACCCAUUGGAAUCUUGUGGAACAUCAAUAACAAACGUUUGGACCCCAAAGGAGACAACAGAUAUACCAUCAGAGAAGAAAUCUUACCUAAUGGAGUUCUGUCUGACCUUAGCAUCAAGAGAACUGAAAGAUCAGAUUCCGCUCUAUUCACCUGUGUUGCUACUAACGCUUUUGGAAGUGACGAUACCAGCAUCAACAUGAUCAUUCAAGAGGUCCCUGAAGUUCCUUAUGCCCUCAAAGUUCUGGAUAAAUCUGGAAGAAGUGUUCAAUUGUCUUGGGUAGCACCUUAUGAUGGCAACUCUCCAAUCAACAGAUACAUCAUCGAAUACAAACCUAGCAAACUCCCAUGGGACUCAAACACUGAACGUGUGCUCAUUCCUGGACACCAAACUGAAGCAGGAGUCUUCACUCUGAAACCAGCUACUACCUACCAUAUCCGUAUAUUAGCUGAAAAUGACAUUGGAUCUAGUGAACCAUCUGACGUUGUGACUAUCAUCACCGCUGAAGAAGUACCAAGUGGACCACCAACAAACAUCAAAAUUAACACAAGCGACCAGCACUCUCUUGUUGUUUUCUGGAAUCCCCCACUUCGUGAUGAAUGGAAUGGCGACAUCUUGGGAUAUUAUGUUGGUUACCGUUUAGCAAGCUCUGAGAAACCAUACAUCUUCGAAACUGUAGAAUUCACCAGAGAGGAAGGAAAGGAACAUCAUUUGAAGAUUUCCAAUUUGAAAACAUAUACCCAGUACUCCGUAGUAGUCCAAGCCUUCAACAAGAUUGGAGCAGGUCCAUUGUCAGAUGAUGUCAAAGCCUACACUGCUGAAGGAGUUCCAGAACAGCCCCCAGACAAGGUUACCUGCACAACUCUUACCUCCCAAACUAUCCGUGUUUCAUGGGUAUCACCACCACUAACAUCUGCAAAUGGAGUUAUUAAAGGUUAUAAGGUUAUUUACGGACCUUCUGACUCUUGGUUUGAUGAAAACACUAGAGAUGCUAAGAUCACUGCCUCAAGCGAAACUAUUCUUCAUGUUCUCAAGAAAUACACUAACUAUACUAUGGAAGUACUGGCUUUCACCUCAGGGGGAGAUGGAGUUCGUUCAACACCAGUUCACUGCCAAACUGAGCAAGAUGUUCCUGAAGCACCAAUUGCUGUGAAAGCAUUAGUAAUGUCUGACGAUUCUAUACUUGUUAGCUGGAAACCACCAACUGAACCAAAUGGUAUCAUCGAAUAUUAUACAGUCUACUACAAACAAGUUGGAACCGACGACAAAGAUAAACCUAAAUCCCAGAAGAUCGUUCCUAACCUCAAAAAUCAAAAUUUGAGCUAUCAAGCUAAGAACUUGGACGGCAAUUUCAAAUAUGAAUUCUGGGUAACCGCUGCUACUACCAUGGGUGAAGGUCUACCGUCCAAGAAAGCAAGUGUAUCUCCUAAUUCCAGUGUUCCUGCUAAAAUUGCCUCAUUUGACGACACAUUCACGACCACAUACAAAGAAGAUGUGACACUUCCCUGUCUUGCUGUUGGUGUUCCUGCUCCCACUAUUACAUGGAAAAUCAAGGGUGUUCAGUUUGGAGCAAACGACCACAUCAGGAAACAACCAGAUGGUUCAUUAUUCAUUAGGGAUGUAUCUAGGGCAGAUGCUGGUGAAUAUUCUUGCCAUGUUGAGAACGAUUUUGGACAAGAUACAGUCACCCACCAACUGAUUGUGAACGCUCCACCAUAUGCUCCCCAAGUUACCCUCACUGCAACAACCACAAGCUCUUUGACAAUCAAGUUGAGACCUCAUGACAGCGAUGUUGAACCAAUUCACGGCUAUACUAUCCACUACAAACCUGAGUUUGGCGAUUGGGAAACAAUUCAAGUUAGACCAAAUGUUGAGAAGUACACCUUGGAAAACCUUCUAUGCGGAACGAGAUAUCAACUAUACGUAACAGCAUACAAUAGCAUUGGAACCGGAGAUCCAUCAGAUACUAUUAACCCUAGGAGCAGAGGAGAUAAACCAAUAAUACCUUCUGCAGACAAAUUAAUCGAUGAAUUCUCUGACAGUAUCACAUUACAUCUCAGCUCUUGGCUUGAUGGAGGAUGCCCUAUGUUAUAUUUCGUUAUCGAACAUAAGAAGAAAAUCAGCAACGAAUGGAUUCAAGUAUCGAAUAAUGUCAAACCUGGCGGACCAAACUUUGUGCUACUUGGACUAGAACCCGCAACUUGGUAUCAUUUGAGAGUAACGGCUCACAACAACGCUGGAUUCAAUGUUGCCGAAUAUGAGUUCGCAACCUUAACAUUAACUGGAGGUACCAUCGCACCAGUCAGGGAUUCGCCAACUAUCAAAUUGUUGUUUCCUUGGAUACCUGAAUGGGUUGACUGGAAUAUUGCCGUUCCUGUGGCGACUACUGUAGUUGUUGUUGUUGUCGGAAUUGUUGUUGUGUGUGUCGCUCUCUCAAGGAGAGAUGGACCCAUGACCACUAGACUAAGGAGUGACUAUGACGUUGUCUACAACCAAUCUGUGAUGAAUGCUGCUUCUACAUUGGACAAACGCCGACCUGACCUCAGAGACGAACUGGGAUACAUUGCACCACCCAAUCGUAAACUACCUCCGGUUCCGGGAUCUAAUUAUAACACAUGCGACAGGAUUAAGAGAGGUACCGGAAUAAGAGGUCAUUAUCGCACACAUUCAACCUGGGAUCCUAGACGCCAUAUGUACGAAGAACUAAGGACUCACAGAGGUUCAAACGAAACUGUACACACACACAGAGGUCUCGAUGAUGAAAUCUGCCCCUAUGCCACCUUCCACCUAUUAGGCUUCAGAGAAGAAAUGGAUCCCACCAAAGCCAUGCAGUUCCAAACCUUCCCUCAUCCCCACGCAGGAACUCUGGGACCUUCCGGAAUGAACACACCACACCAAAUGCACUCCCGCUCUGGAUCCCAAUCAAUGCCAAGACAAAACAACAGGAGAUACGACAGGGUCGGCUCCCAAGGUGGGUACAUAGGUAACGGAAGCAUCUACUCCCCUGGACCUGAAUAUGAUGACCCCGCUAACUGUGCUCCUGAAGAUGAACAGUACGGUUCUCAGUACUAUGGCGCUCCCUACGAUCAUUAUGGAAGUAGAAGCUCGAUUGGACGUAGGUCACUUGGAUCCCUUAGACUGCAACCCACUCAAAGCAGCCCUGAGCCACCACCCCCACCACCACGUAACCAUGACCAAUCUUUCAACGAUUCGAAAGACAGCAACGAGAUAUCCGAAGCUGAAUGCGACCGAGAUCAACUGAUCAAUACCAGAACCUAUGGCGAAAGUGACCAGGUAUUAAGAGGUAACUCAAAGGUGGAUGGCAUGACCCACGAAGAAAUGAGAAAACUGAUUGAGAGGAAACUAAACGAAACAGGGAAAACCUCAACAACAAACGGUGGACAAUUCACAGCCUACGAUACUGUGGCAGUGUAAUUUGUAAAUCAAUGAAAAUCAAUAUGUUCGUCUUCGUCAAUAAUUUUGUAUGUUUCGUAACACGAUUGAAUAUUUUGAUUAACCUUCUCUUUUCAAUUUGAAUAGUAUUGUUCGAUAAGAUAUUCUAGUAUGUUUAGGAAUCUUUGAGACUGAGCUUUUCGGAUGUAAUCCAUUCCCCUUCUUUUGGUAGCACAAAUUCGAUUCUAUUGAAAUGUCUGCUGUUUAUCUUAUCGAAACAUUAACUGCAAUUUGAUUGGACGCAGUAUUUUAUAUUUUUAUUAUUGAAAGAGACCUUUUUCACUUACGAGCACAAGCAGAUGGGAAGGUUAUUCUUAUCUUUGGAUGACAAAAACGAGAAGAUUAUAUAGAUUUCAUUUAAAUUGUUAUUGAAAAAGGUCGUAUAAAAGAAUUAACAUGUGUUGUGUCGAUGCUUUUUCGUUUGUAGUCCUCGAAUUUGUGAGAUGUUCAUUUGAAUGAUUUGAUUUCAAAGUUUGGCUGUACGAGCCGCUUAAAGAAAGCGUACACAAAUUACCAAUACGAAAUUGGAGAUGAGUAUUUAUUUAUGUACAGCGGCUCAAUGUAUCAUGUGAUAUUUUGAGGUUUGUGACUUUUUUCACCUCUGUAUCCCUUUGUUUUUAUAUUAAUCUUUUUCUAUAGUCUACAGUCGGUGCCAAAAUUAGGAGUGUUUCGUUUCAGUUAUCCAUUUUGUUUUAUCCAACUGUAGGCGUGUUUUUUUUUUGUACAGUUAGCUGUUUUAGUUGAGUUUCGCAUCAUUAAACGUUGUUUUAUUUUUAAAAUUGAAAAUUUGAAAGAAGGGUUGGCAAUUUGCAUUGGACAGUUUUGAAGGAUGUUGCUUGCACAACAUAGAUGGCAUUACAUUUCCACAUUGUUCAAAUUGCUGCAGAUUUAAUAAUAAUGAUCAGUCGCUUUUUCAAUAUUUGUUCCAGAGUAUUUAUCCAAUGCUUUUUAUUAUGUAUUUACUGCUUACAUACACAAGUGAUUUGAGCAAUGAAGAAAUAGGCAAGUUAAAUUAGAAACGAAAUUGUAUACUUGUUCAAAGCGGCUAGAAUAAUAUUAAUAAAUGUACGAAACUUAUAACAUACUAUAGUUAUCUUGAAUGUAAACGAUUUGACUAGAUUAUCAAAAUCUAUAAUAAGAUUACACAAUGCAGAAUUUGAAGUCAAUCCUUGAAUACUCAAAAGCUUUGAAUUAUUCUUUAGUGUUGAAUAACUGUAGUGAAUAAUAGAUGUACUUUUAUCCUAACUUUUACCAAAAGUGGCAUUUUGGACAUUACCUUCUAAAUUCUCCCCUUCUUCGAGUGAUAUAGUCACUAAAUCUUGUUGCAACAUGCAGUUAAUUGAGUUCCUAAAGUAGUUGAAAAAUCCAAUAGUAUAGUGAUUAGCAGCUUAGAUAUAUGUUUGUUCAUAAAUCUUGUUAUGUAUACGGAAUUGCAAUUAUUUUUCUUCAAGUGAAUGUCAGCUUCAUUCAUAAAUAUUAUAUUGAAUUUUUUUUUCAGUAAUUUUGCAAUAGCCCCUUCAAAAACGAUUUUUCAUCUACAUGUUAACUGAAAUAAGGCAAUUUCAAAAUUUUAUGUCGAUUAUAAGAAAAAAAGUUAUUUCGAACACAAGUGAAAACGAAUUUUUCUCAAAAUUAUUUAGUCGGCUUCAAUUUCCUAUAAAAUCAUAUCAAAGUUUACAUAAUGAAUAACCAUUAUUUGAUUUUGUGAUGAUGGUUUGAAAUGCCAUUAUAGGUGUAUUAUUGUAAGUGUGCUAUUUGAAAUAUAUAUUCGAUAGAGAUUAAGUAUAUGAUAUUCUUGAAAUAUAUCUUAUUGUAUUAAAAUAUUCGCCAUGUGCAUAAUAUCUUUCACAUCCCUAACGUCUUUUGUAAUUAAUUUUCGAUAUGUAUGUACUGUAUUUUUCUUUGAAAAAUAUAAUUGUUUAAACUACUCAAACAUUGAAUUGUCCAAGGUUUUCGCUUAUAUACCAAAGUAAUUUUUUUGGUUGAUAAAUAAAAAUCAAACAAAUUA